UCUCCUCCAGUUCCAGCAUCACCACUGUCGGCACCGUCACCUCCCGGGUGACCAAGAAUGGGGAUGCUGUCAUGGAGAAGGACGUAAUCAAUCAUGAGGACUUGGCAGGAGACCGGGGCAUGAUAGAUGAUAUCUUUGAUGAGACCUACCGGGAGAAAGAGGGCCCCAAGCCCCCCAUGCGAUACGUCUGGAGGAAUAUCAUCCUCAUGAGCCUUCUCCAUUUAGGGGCCCUGUUCGCAUUGACACUGAUACCUUCUGCAAAGAUCCAGACAUUGGCGUGGGCUGUUCUGUGUUUCCUGCUGUUUUCUCCCCGCCUCUGGAGCCAUCGAUCCUAUAAAGCCACCUUGCCCCUGCGGAUCUUCCUGACUAUUGCAAACUCCAUGGCCUUCCAGAAUGACAUCUAUGAAUGGGUCCGGGACCACCGUGUCCAUCACAAGUUCUCCGAGACAGAUGCAGACCCACACAAUGCCAUGCGGGGCUUCUUCUUCUCCCACAUCGGCUGGCUGCUGGUGCGCAAGCACCCGGAUGUCAUAGAGAAGGGCCAGAAGCUGGAUCUGAGUGACAUAAAGGCUGACAAAGUGGUCAUGUUCCAGCGGAGAUACUACAAGCCCUCGGUGGUGUUGCUGUGCUUCAUGUUGCCCACCUUAGUGCCCUGGUACUUCUGGGACGAAUCCAUCAUCAUCAGCUUCUUCAUUCCAGCCAUCCUGCGCUACGCCAUAGGGCUCAAUGCCACUUGGCUAGUGAACAGUGCUGCUCACAUGUUUGGCAACCGGCCGUAUGAUCAAUACAUCAACCCACGGGAGAACCCCCUAGUCAGCCUGGGGGCUCUAGGAGAAGGUUUCCACAACUACCACCACACCUUCCCCUAUGACUACUCCACCAGUGAGUUUGGCUGGCGCUUCAACUUAACGACAGCCUUCAUCGACCUCAUGUGCCUCCUGGGGCUGGCCAGCGAUCGCAAGAAGGUCUCCAAGGAGGUCAUCCUGGCUCGGAAAAUGCGGACUGGAGAUGGGAGUCACAAGAGUGGCUGAGUUCCUGCUCCAUUCACGCAGACACCCACACCUCUCCUUCCUCCUUUUUUCUCCCUUUCUCCCUUCCCAACCCCUACGAACACGCUGGACAAAGGUUUAAUGUUCUGUUUACUGACUACUGAAUAAUGCUACCAGUUUGCUUACGAUAGUGAUAAUGAGUUUUAACCCACCUCCCAUGCUGUAUUUUUACAUGGUGUAUUAAGAUCUAGGACUCUGCCUUUUAUAACGCAAGGCCACCCUUUUCCC